AUGGCUCGGCCAAGAGACUCACGCUCGCCAAGCCUGGCCGGUGGCCACGGUGGCCGUCGGCAUCGCGAUGAUCGCCGACCGCGCGAUCGUCGCGACGACAGAGACCAUCGCAGGCGCUCUCGAUCUCGUACACCCGAGAAGCGAUAUCGCGACCGCGACCGCGACGGCCGUGACCGUGACCACUACCGCCGACGGGAUCGCUCCCGCUCUCUCGACAGGGACCACGAUCGCUACCGCGGCGGCCGUGACAGGCGGCGCUCGCGAGACCGCUACGAUGACAGGGCCCGAUCACCUGACGGUCGGCGCGACGGCGACAGAAGGCGAGACGACUCGCGUGGCAGAGACUCCCGAGGGGCUGACGUUCGCAACAAUCGCAGUGACAGUCGAGGCAGGAACACGCCGCAUGGCGAUAGCGGCCGUACUUCGGACGAGCCCUCCAAACCGGCCGGUGCCACCGCGGCUCAGGCCGAUGCCGAUAAGAAAAAGGCUGAACGUCUUGCUAAGCUCGAGGCGUGGAAGAAGAAGAAGGAGCUAGAGACACAGAAGCAAAAAGAGGUCAACCCCAGCCAAACCCGCAGUCUACUAGCAGAAAUGGACAAGAAGGCCAGCGGCGUCCCCUCUGCUGCCGCCUCACCUGGCGUUUCCUCUGGCGCUUCUCCCACACCAGGUCCAGAGUCUGGAAAUGCGUCUCCCGUGCGACCGUACGCUGGCAAGUUCGAUCCUAAGAGCAUCGCUAAAAAGUCAGCUUCGAGAACCCACGAUUCGACAAAGUCCAUUCUCGGUUCCAUCAAUGCCGGCCAAGGCAAAUUAGCCGCCCCAGUCAAGCAAUCUACCGCAUCCGCGCUGCCAGCCAAUCGCGCCAAGACCAGCGCCUUUGGUUUCGGCAAGUCCCAGGGCGACGACAAGCUUCCAAGCAAGCGAAAACUUGACCUAGACGAGGAAGAGACCACAAUGCGCAAGCUGACAAAGCUGCCCAGCCUGCCAAUAGAGGCGGACGACACGCCGUAUGUUGAUCAAGACGACGGUGACGACGACGAUGCUGGUGACGAAUUCGCGGAGAAUGAAGAGGAGGCUGCCGCUGCUGCCCGCGCCGCGCACGAGAGACGCGUUCAAGCUGAAGAAGAGGCCGCAAAAGAAGAAGCAGACGGCGACGAAGCCAUGGCAGAACCUGACGCUGUCCCCGCGACGAAUGGAACAGCCGACCCUGUUGUCGAGGAAGAAAAGAUGGAAGUCGAUGAAGAGGAAGACGAUGUGGAUCCCCUGGAUGCUUUUAUGGAUGACUUGCAGCAGAAAGAAAUCAAGCGCCCACCUCCCAAAAAGGUAUCUACAGUCAGGAAGCUCCCAGAACCCGAAGCGUACUUUAGCGACGACGACUAUGGAUACGAGGUGGACAAUGAUGCCGCCGAUGCCAGUGCCGUCCUGGCCAUGGCCAACAAGCGCAAGAAGAAGGAGAUUCCUACAGUCGACUACAGUAAAAUCGACAUCGAGCCCAUCCGAAAGAACUUUUGGGUGGAGCCUGUCGAGCUCAGCGAGCUCAAUGAGACCGAAGUGGCGGAACUGCGAGCAGAACUUGACGGCAUCAAGGUCAAUGGCAAGGACGUCCCAAAGCCUGUACAAAAAUGGGCGCAAUGCGGUCUCACUCGACAGACGCUGGACGUGAUCGAUGACAUGGGUUUCGAGAAGCCGACAUCGAUUCAGAUGCAGGCGAUCCCCGCCCUCAUGUCUGGCCGCGACGUCAUUGGCGUCGCCAAGACUGGUUCUGGAAAGACCAUGGCCUUUUUGCUACCCAUGUUCCGCCACAUCAAAGAUCAGUCUCCGUUGAAGGAAUCGGAAGGACCCAUCGGGCUAAUCAUGACGCCCACGCGCGAGUUGGCCACCCAGAUCCACCGUGACUGCAAACCGUUCCUCAAGAUGAUGGGCAUGCGUGCCGUCUGUGCCUACGGUGGUGCUCCAAUCCGCGACCAGAUUGCCGAGCUGAAGCGCGGUGCCGAGAUCAUCGUCUGCACGCCCGGUCGCAUGAUAGACCUGCUCGCCGCGAACCAGGGUCGCGUCACCAACCUGCGCCGCGUCACUUACGUUGUCCUGGACGAAGCCGAUCGCAUGUUCGACAUGGGCUUCGAGCCGCAGGUCAUGAAGAUCUUUGCCAACAUGCGCCCCGACAAGCAGACGAUCCUCUUCUCCGCCACCAUGCCGCGCAUCAUCGACUCGCUCACCAAGAAGGUGCUGAAGAGCCCUGUGGAGAUUACCGUCGGCGGGCGUAGUGUCGUGGCUAAGGAGAUUGAGCAGAUUGUCGAGGUUCGCGAUGAAAACACAAAGUUCCAUCGCGUGCUCGAGCUGCUUGGUGAGCUAUACGAUCGCGACGAGGAUGCGCGUUCAUUACUUUUUGUCGAGAGGCAAGAAAAGGCCGACGACUUGCUCAAGGAGCUCAUGGUCAAGGGCUAUCCGUGUAUGUCCAUCCACGGUGGCAAGGACCAGGUAGACCGCGACUCGACAAUCUCCGACUUCAAGAAGGGCGUCGUCCCCAUUCUCAUUGCGACAUCCGUUGCUGCUCGAGGCUUGGACGUUAAGCAACUAAAGCUCGUCAUCAACUACGAUGCACCCAACCAUUUGGAAGACUACGUCCACCGCGCCGGUCGCACUGGUCGUGCCGGAAACACGGGCGUGGCCGUUACCUUUAUUACGCCAGAGCAGGAGAACUGUGCGCCAGGCAUUGCCAAGGCGUUAGAGCAGAGCGAGCAGCCGGUCCCCGAGCGUCUCAACGAGAUGCGCAAGGCGCACCGCGAAAAGGUCAAGUCGGGCAAGGCCAAGGACACCUCAGGCUUUGGUGGCAAGGGGCUGGACCGGCUAGACCAGGAGCGCGAGGCGGCGCGCAUGCGCGAGCGUAAGACGCACAAGGCGGAAGGCGACGAGGAGGAGGAAAAGAAGGAGGACAAGAAGGACGAGGACGAGAACAAGCACGAGCGGGCCCUUGAUGCCAUCAGGGCCGCGGCGUCAGGCAUCCAGUCCCGUGAGGCCAACAAGACCGAAGCCGCUGCUGCCGCCGCUGUCAACGAGCCCGUCAUCAAGACCUCUGGCGUGGUGGCCAGCAACCCCGGGGGCGGCGCGUCCAAGAGCGGUGCCAGCGGUGGCGGCAACAACCCGCUCGACAAGGUCAGCUCCGCCGUCAGCGCCAUCAACAGCCGCCUCGGCAAGGCCGGGCAGCUGCGCUCCGGGCAGCCCAUCGACAACAAGGGGCCGGACGCGGGCGCGUUCCACGCGACGCUCGAGAUCAACGACUUCCCGCAAAAGGCGCGCUGGGCGGUGACGAACCGCACCAACGUGGCCAAGAUCCUCGAGGCCACUGGCACGUCCAUCACGACCAAGGGCAACUUCUACCCGGCGGGCAAGGAGGUGCCUGAGGGCGCGGAGCCGAAGCUGUACAUCCUGAUCGAGGGCGACACGGAGUUGGUGGUGGGCUCGGCGCUCAACGAGCUGACGAGGCUGCUGCGCGAGGGCACGAUCGCGGCGGCGGACGCGGACAGCAGGGCGCCGACAAGUGGGCGGUAUACGGUUACGUGA